AUUGUGGGUGUUAGUUCUCCCCGCAGACAGUACGCCACAUCUUACUUGUGUGUUCAUCGUCUUCAUUCUGAGGUCUCCAGUGACACUUUCUGAGUGUGUUGCUGUUGCACACCCCGGGAAGAGGACGUCACGUACAACUGAUUCUGGAUGCCUUGAGGUAAACCAUCACCAUGAACAAACAUGAACAGUGCCAAUCAUGAUGACAUGUACAGCAUUCCGAAUGGAACAGAAGAGCUGAAAGUUGCAGAUAUAUGUUCAGCGUGUAACUCAGUAGGAGGCAGGUACAUAGCAGAACACAAGAAAGGUCCACGGCAUCCACUGAUACAGCUACAUGCAGAAUACAACACCAUUAGGGGAAAGAAAAGCAAAGAGAAGUCAUCAGUCUUGGAGAAAGUAGCAAAGGCAGUGUCAGCGUUACGUAACAGUAGUGGGGGAGUGUUGUUAGUUCAUCUGGCGGGGACAUCACCAGAAGAUAGGUGUCUCGAAUACUUUGAUGAAUUUGUAGUUAGGACUUUUACAAACUUACUGGAAGGUGGUGAACUGUAUACUGACUCAUAUGAAAGAUAUUUUCUUAGCGAUGAACAGAAAUUCACGGACGCGUGGGAUUUUCUGGUAGUUAAAGUUAACAAAUCAACAGGUUUAGCUACGGUUGAUUUCAACACGAAGGCAAACAAUGACAAUGAGAACCUGGACAUAAAUUCAUCGAUCCUCUCAGAAGUAUUGGCUAAAACAGAAACAAAGGAAAAGAACCAAGCGUCUCUCAGGAAUCUGCCCCAAAAUGUGAACACUUUUCAUGAGAAUCGACAUAUACAGUUGAAAGCGUUUAAAGACAACACUGAAGAGAUUAAGCGUAAACAAACCGACGUUGAAAAACUGACUGAUCAUAUUUGGCACAAUCUUAAACUGAAAGAUAACAUAACGUCUAUGUCAAAGCUGGUUCAAGGUGGGUCAUACUACCUGGGAGUUAACGAAAGGAAAGUUGUCACACAGAGAGGUUAUCAAACAAAAGUUGCAGAAGUUGUUGGUUUCAAGCUACACGUGAGUCAGGCAUCCUUGAUAGAGAGUAUCUACAGGAAGGUUGAGACUGAUCUGUGUGUUCUGACAAGGAAGGGAGAGUUCACAGAUGCUACUAGAGACCUGAUAAACAUAGCAUUCCACCAUAUCCUACGAUCUGAGCAAUUCGUUUUGGAAGUAGCCAUUCGAUAUUGCGAUGGAGUUGUUUUCUACGAUAAGCAAGGGCCAAGAUCAUACAUACUCGAUGAAAACGACCGAAUUGUUCGAAGAAUGAGCAAAAUUGAGUGGCUUCAGAAAUUCUUUGACACUCGUACAUUGAGUGUAACAUCUCUUUAAGUUCAGUAACAAAAAACCAGUUCCCUUGCGCUGAUUUACAGAGUAACACUUCUGAACAAGACAUCCAAUAGACAAGUGGAUCGGUUUCAUCUGCUUUAUGUUUCAAUCUAUGCACGGAGGUUCUUGGUGAUGACAAAUUCUCUGAAUACCUGUGUGACAAGAGGGACGACUUCAAAUAGUUAACUUUCCUGUGGCGGCUUGGACAGGAUACUCUCUGCCUAUCGGUGGCUAUAUCUUCCAAAUAUUCAUUGACACAUACUCGUACGAUAGCCGGAAUCAUGCAAUCUUAUGCUGCUUGAAUACAUAUUGUGCCAUCUUCGUGGUAUAAUAUGGUAACGUCUAUCCUGUUGAAACACAUUACAGUGGAUAUAUCAAACCAUACUUAUAGCCGUUCCCAAGCAGUACCGCCAGCUCACUUAGGCAGCAACGUCUGCUAUACUCAAGCAGCACAACCAGCUGUAUUCAAGUAGCAUCACCAGCUAUACUCCAUACAUCAUGAGCAGCACCAUGUGCAACGGUCCUGACUCCACAGACAGCAGCAACAUGUCCGAUAGCAGUACUGACACCUCAGUUGGGUCCAGUCCAUACCAGUCUGACGAUGAUGUCAUGACGUACUUUAUUGUUGGAGAAGCUUGGGAUACAGAUGAUGCUGCUUGUAAUACACCCAUACAGCAUGUUGGAAAUGAAGUGGAACAACAGACCUCAGGGGCUGCACAGACCAUGGCUGAACCAGAGCAUGGUAUCAUCGCCAGUCUUCAGGAAGAAAAUAUUCGACUGAGGAAGAGAAUAGAGGAUCUGGAGGCCUUCGACCAGAUAUCUCUUGCUACUGAGGACAGCGGGUUUGUCAGUGAGGGAAGCAGUCUGGCAUCCUCAAACAGGAGUUCAGUUAUUCGGAGAAAUCAGAAGCCUGAAGUUCACCGUGGUGUCAAGAUAAAAGAAGGUUUGAAGAGAUUCUUCCCGUUUGGACGACAAAAACAGAGAGAAGAAGUUGCCCGUCCUAUUGCACUACUGCGUGUGGGAAACAGUAGUGAUGAGCAGAAUCCUGAGGCUGCAUGGAGUUUGCCUACACCAGUGACACAGACGGGUCCACGAGUGGAUACAGACAUCCAUACUGCCUGCAAGAAGGGCGACCUGGACCGGCUUAGACACAUCCUAUCUAAGGAUCUGGAAGACGUCAACCGUAGAGGGAAGGACGGACUAACACCUGCAAUGAUAGCAGCACGAUUCGGACACAGAAGAAUGGUAGACAUACUUGUGAGUAAAGGUUCUGCAUUGCAUCUUCUUGCCGAUAACACAAACAACAUCCUUCAUGUGGCCUGUAUUGGAGGUCAUGUUGACAUGGUGAAGUAUGUCCUCUCACAGAAGGUUGCAGACAUCAACAGUAGGGGUCAGUACGGGAGGACACCCGUGAUGAUGGCAGCAAAGAUGGGACACAGAGAAGUGUUGCAGACAUCAACAGUAGGGUCAGUACGGGGAGGACACCCGUGA